CCUUUUUCUUUCAGGUCAAGCUGACCUGUCGAUCGGCUGAAUCUGCCGAUGAUUCACAAAAUGGGCCGGCCCAUACGAUCGUUCGAUAUCGCGUGCACCACGUGCCCACGGCAGAGUCGUUAUAAGGAAGCUAGCGUCGUCCGCGUUUGACAGUUCUUUCCGAUCAAUCGUGGCGUGCGAUACGUGCCUGAGCCAAGUGGCAUCAUGUUCAAGACGUGAGUAAUUGACAGCGAACAACAUUACAAUCCUCCGUCGGGCUAGUUUCUGCUCCAAGCGCAAAAACGUCGGUGCAGCCACGAGAAUAAGUUGAAAUAAUAAUUAUACAUCAAUAAUAUCAUGCUGUGAAAUAGUGUGCUGUUAUUAGCGCGAAUUUUCCGUGAGUUUACGUGGUCGCGCUCACUCGGGGAGAACUUGAAGCGAUCCCAUGUAAUUCGUGGAUCGAGGAAAAUACGGGACUUUGCACGUCACACAUCUGAACGUAACGCGUGUCGAUCAUGAUAGUGUUAUGUGGCUUCUGCACCACGAGCAGCAUCGCGCUGGUGUUCCUUUUCGUGAUGCUGUGCGCAUUGAGCGAAACCGUGAGAUACCGUGCGAAGUUCAUCUUCUUCAUAGUAGCGAGCGCACUAUCCGCGGGACUGUGGAUACCGUUCAUGUUGUUCCGAAUCGGCAGCUGGAAGAACGCAUUAGUACCGGCCAUGUGCGUGGUGAGAAUAGCAAAGAUCAUCGGAAUGAAUUUCCGUUUCCGCGGCAAGGAGAACAUCAUCAAGGACACAGGCUGUGUCGUGCUCAUCAAUCAUCAGAGCUCACUAGACCUUUGCGUUCUAGGUGAGCUAUGGCUGACGAUGAAAAAUUGCUGUGUAAUUUCGAAGAAGGAGAUCAUGUAUCUGGGACCGUUCGGUCUUGCGAGUUGGCUCUGGGGAACAGUGUUUAUCGACAGGAAGAAUGUCGAAGAGUCUCGGCAGAUUAUCAACGAUACGGCAGAAUCGAUUCGUGUAGCAAAGCGGAGACUUCUUCUGUUCCCCGAGGGACAUCGGCAUUCCGGUAAUGCAUUGCUUCCCUUCAAGAAAGGUGCUUUCCACGUUGCGAUCGAGUCGCAGAUGCCGAUUCAACCCGUCGUCGUGUCGAAAUAUUACUUCUUAGAUGGCAAAUUAAAAAGAUUUUACUCAGGAACUAGUUACAUAACAGUUCUGCCGCCUAUUCCCACCGCGGGCAUGACCAAGGACGAUCUUCCGAAGCUCAUGGAGCGAGCGUACGAAGUCAUGAACAGGACUUUCGUGGAAUCCACGACGGAGUGCCUCGAGGAACAAAUACGAAGUUUGAAAUGCGAGUGACGUGGACGAGGAUGCAGAACACGCGAGCCGUAAUCUGCAUCGUAUCUGAUCGAUUCAGAUUGACUCGCGAUUGACUGCUUCGUGAAACGAUAUUUUCAGGGACCGCAUGUAUAAAUCAGCUGUAUUGCAGUACAAGUUCUGUGAGCGAAUUAGCUUCUCUGCAGGCUACUUCGUACACAAUAUGUGUACAUCAAGAGCCCUUUUGGUUUUCACAUUUCCAAUUUGGAAUUCCAUGUCUCGGAUCGUAUUUUUCCGAUCGAUCGAACAUCUUCGCCUCGACAUUGUUAUCGCGAUUUAGCGUCGUAUCAAAGCGACGCAUUCUUCCACUGUUGCUACUAAUUGUAAGAUAAUUAUGCGUAAGGAUCACAGAGCUCAAACAUACAACAUCGAUUUGUACUUUUUAUACCUCGCUGAAAGAUGUAAUUCGUGACCGAGUGAGUUUUUAUUUCCUAUAGUCGCAUAAAACAUGACGUACCUUGUUAACGAACCACAGGAAACCAGAUGUAAAAUCAUGCAGUGUGUAAACUAGCUGUUCCAAUACAUGUUUAUGUACAUAUUCCAGCACGUCUACACAUGUACAUACACGUACAUAAAUUAUGAUUAUGAAGUUGUAUAUAUUUAACGUUGUAUUAAAUUUUAUCAACCUG